CCCACCAUUAGCUAAGGACCCACCAAGAGGGGGAAGCAAAAAAUCUUAAUUGCAAAGGCAUAUGUCCAUGGAAAGCACGUUCCAUGCCCCACACUGUGCUUUGAGAUUCGCAUCAGGGGAUAUCCGACAGCGGUAGUCGCUUUGUCGCUUGCGAGUUCGUCGUCGCGGAUUUUUUUUUUCCCCUCAUGUGGGGCAUUAGGUGGAAUGACCAACAUAAAUAAUCCGAAGAAGAAGAAGAAGAAGAAAAAGAAGAGGAAGAAGAAGAGGAAAAGAAGAGGAGGAGGAGCUUUUUACCUUUAGUUUGCGUAUUCGCAUAUAAUCAAAAGGCCGAUCUCUCUUCAAUUCACCAAAAAUGUCUCAGGAAUCUCAUUCAGUUACUCUGCAGAUAAACCAACUGGAAUCAGGAAAUGAAGGAGAAAAUGAACAGCAAACUAAAGUUGUUAGGGACCAGUUGAAACGAAUCAUAUUUUUCUCAGUUGCGAUAAUAACCAUGGCUUCUGCAAUACUCUUAGCAUUUUUAAAUGGAGCUAAAGAUAUAAGAGCCAUGCAAUAUUCCUCCACAGUUAUCAAAGCCUACAAUUUCUUCAUCUGGCCCACUCUUCAAUGCCCCAUCUUGUUGUUGAUGUAUGCCUUUUUUCUGUUCGGACGUUAUAAUCGAAUCAACCGAAACCAGAAGAUAUAUCUGAUUAGCGCGAUUACCAUAUCUUCUGUUCUUUUAAUUGUGACAAGCUUUUUCUCCUUAGUACUCCUGAACAAAGACAGUGCAGGGAUGAGUCUUAUUGUAAUUCCUGUCAUAGCUAUCAUAUGCUUCCUUGGAUAUAGAGCUACACAAAAUGUUCACGACCGCGACAGUGUUAACCAUGAAAGCUACAAACCGGAGCAGAAGAAGGCCUUCAAGUUCGCUACUACUAUUGCAACAAUGGCCAUCACCGUACAAACGGGUAUGAUUUAUGCUUCCUUCAAAAGCCCUCCUCUCCAAGCAUUGCAAAGUUUCCAACUUGCGCUAUGUCUCUUCUUCCUGAUCACCAUGGUUGGCAUCUUUGUUAUGAUGGUCACCUCCAUCCCCUUAACUGUUCAUUACUCCUUUUGGAGAGGGAGCCUUUUAAGCUUUGUGAGAUACAGCAGCGCUGCUAUUUUGGUCCUCCUCGGGCUAUCAGCCGCUGCGCUUGCCAUGCAGUUCUUGGAAACUUUGGUCGUAGGCGUGUUCUUGCUGGUGCUCGUCCCUAUCUGUGUAUACUUCACCCAGGAUAUUGGUAUCAGCCUGAGAGAUCCAACUAGUGCUCGACCCUUAUACCAUGACCCACGCUAUGCGGGUGUGAUGAGGUACGGCAUUGCAACGCUGGUCUCGUUCAAUGGUGGCCUACUAGCAGCCAUAUGCGUGGCAAGUGUGGGGAUCGCACCACAGCAAGACCACAUGAGUUUAGGGAUAAGGGUCUGCGCAUUCUUUCAGCUCUUGGCCAUCGAAUCUGGCCUGAUCUGGAUAGGCCUCAUGUUUGAACCGCAGCACGGCGAAAUGUGGGCUUCGAUCGUUGAAAUCUUUUACUCUGUUAGUUUGCUGCUGCAAAUAGUUAUGAUCAUGGCGGGGGCGGUGAUGCUCUUCAUCGUGCUAUCUUAGCCAACGGAACGUUUGGUUGGGGUGAUUAAGUAGACAUAACAUAAAAAUCGUAUUUUCAGAUAGAAGUGAACUUCUAUCAACUUCAAUUUAUCGCUUCAAUCAUAACCAAAUGAAUGGAAGUUAAUCUCGGUUUUGGGCUACACAUAAUUACUGUGAUUAUUUACCUCCAAAACGUUGUCUAUGGGGGACCUUGCUGAGAGUUUUUAUGAAAGAUUGCUAGAGAUGUUGUUGUUGUUGUCAUCGUUAAUGUUGUUUUGGUCUAUUUUAUCUGUCUCCACAUAUAAUAGGCGAUCGAUCAAUACUGGCUUUGUUUUCCGAAAGGUUUUAGGAGGACAUUGGCUUUGUUGUUGUAUAGUUAGUGUCUUGUAAUCCUGGUUGUGGUGGGGCUCUGUACAAAUUUAUGGGUCAAAAAAUGAAUGUGGUAAUUUCUAAGUCGUUUGCAGGAUUCUGUAACUUGACUACAUUGUCUUUUACAGUAAUUAAUAUUACUGAAUAUUGAUUACAGUUCUUGUCCUUUGCUUUCUUAUUAUUUGUGUUUGAUGACAAUGCAUUUGUGUUGACCAAGUAGCUUCUAAUUAAUUAAUGAUUAAUUGAGAAUGAGUAACAUUUUUAGAUUGUGCAUGCCCUAGAAGGCUUCCCUCUAUUAUAUCGAUGAGGUAAGAAACCGCCGUGGUUGAAUAAGAUUAAUUAAUAUUUAAAAAGUUAUACCAAAAAAGCACUAGCUAAUUAACUGAUUGUGCCGUUUCCAUAUCUAAGGGAACUUGAGAUAAUUAAGCGUAGCAGUGUUCUUCUCUUUUGAACAAAGGAUAGGGCAUGAGUCAAUUUUGUGUCUAUUUAGAAACCAACCAACUUAAUCUCCUUGAGAGAGAGAGAG